GGCAAGAUAUGUUGACGGAGGUGUUGUUAUAUUGGUUUGUUUGGAAAGAAGCAUAAGAGUUUAUAUGGUACAGUGUUGUCCUGUAAAGUUUGUGUAGUUUUACAGGUGAUAUCCGAAACAGAUAUCACACUAUUUCAUCGUUGCGUUUUUUUGUUUCGUUAGAUGUGAUUAAGAUGCUGGAAAUGCGCCGUGAUUGGGAGUGAAUUACUUCGGUGUUCAUAGACGUAAUCGUAUUUGUGUUGGAUACAUCCUGUAAAUGAGAGAUGAAUGUGGGUGAUGUGGAUAUGAAUGGAGAAGCUGAUGAUAAUGACACUGACAGCACAGACUGCAUAACAAGUACUCCUAUACAUCAUGAUCGAAGUAAACACUGCAUGGCCUCAGGCGGAGGUGCUCGUCCAAAGAACAGACAUUUGGUUAAUCAUUUAGCAAAUGGUAUUUCCAGUCAUGUAAUUGAUGGUGCUGUAGCUGUGAAUAACAAUUUACCUGUGGAUGCUGUUAGUGAAGCAACAAGCAGCAAGACAGAAGUCAAUUUGGGCGUUACCGUAAACAAGGUUCUCAAUGGUUUGAACUCAAACCAACCAGAAAACUCAUUACCUCUCUGCGUAGAAUCAUAUUUGGGGACUGCCAACGUUAAUAGCUCUGUUUCAUCGUGUUCGCGUCCACUCCAGAACGGGACGAGCAAAAAUUCCAUGCGUCAUAGAGAAAGGAAUGGAGUUGUAAGUAAAAGGUGGAAUGACGAUGAAAGUUCUAGUGAUACGGGAAAUGAAGGUGAAGAUGUGUUGUCUGCGGACGAGUGUUGUUUUUACACCUACAAGGGCGAUCAGUUAGCAGAUUUACCGAGCUCGUUUUUCAGGCUCGAUGUCGUUGGUAACGGCGAACAAUGUGUAGGAGAAAAUUCCCCAAGAACCAGUGGAAACGGAGAAAUUAAUGAAAAUGUUCAUCCUCACAGUGGAAGCUCCUCACCAGAUAUGGAUUUUUUGGAAAUGGAUUUUGAUCCCGGACAUUCUUGCGAUCAGAACUCAGACGAUGAUUCUGAUGUAUGUGAGUUAAGGGAAGAAGAGUCUUGCCAUGAAACUGCCACAACUGAAAGGGUAUUUGAGGUAGCUUCUGAUUCGGUGGAAGAUGAGGUAGGAGACACUCAGGAACAAUGUCCCUGUAAUCAUAGUGAAUUAGUGCCAUCUUCGGAAAACGGUGCAGUUGCACUAGUACCAACACCACUUACUCCUGAAGGAAAUAAUGUAUCAGAAUCUCACAAUAUAAUUUCUCUCCCUCAAAAAAUGCCAACGAAUUUGCAAUCAUUGUUUCUUCCUCGCAGCCGUAGCAGUGAAGUUUUUCCGAGCACUAGUACUGCUAGUGUUGUCUGUUGGCCGACAAGAGACACUCGAGGUCAUCAUUGUAGUGGUGCAGAUCUGUGUUCUCCAGGUGAAACCGAUGUGUGUUGCAGUGACUGUCCAGUUGACCAUGCAGGUUUGUGGAAUGAAUCCCACUCCAGGUUGCAGUGUGAGCAAUUGCCAGAUACCAGGAAGCAUAGUCUCCAUACUUCUCUUUAUCACAGCAUAAUGGCGAAGAGGUUGCUUCUGAGUAUUCACCCAGAUGUUGAAGAAGGCAGUUCAAUAAAACAUAACAGGAAGAUAGCGGAAAGAGUAAUGAUUUGGUCAGAGAAAGAAGCUUGUGCCAAAAAUGUUACCCAGAUUGGCACUUCUCAGUGUGGAGCAACAGCUGUCAUCAAUGUACUGCUGGUGUUCAACAUCCCAUACUCACUUGAGAGAGUGAAGGAUGCAGUCAGGACAAGGUUAAGAGCAGAAGCUGCCCCUCUUCCGGAAUACCUGUUGUCUAGAUCUUUUGCUGGAGCUACACACGAAGACCUCAUCCGAGGAGUCCAGCAGGCAUCAGAUGGCUUUGUUUAUGCUCGCUUCAUUCACAUGUACCCCAACCGAGUUUCUUCACUCACAAAAUGGCUAGCUAGUUGGAUGAGGAAAGGUGCUGUGCCAAUCCUGACACUGAAUUUACAGAAGGGUGUAGCCCCAGGUAGCCCAGUGCCAGAUGCAUGGCACCACCAAAUGGUUUUUGGUGUUGGUCCUCAAGGCAUCUACCUCACCAACCCCCUAGAGUGUGUCAGUGAGGAAGCCCUGUGGCCUCAACUGUCCAGCCCCUCGGUACUGCUCAUCAGGCGAAGUGACAUCCUCGCUCGGUGGAAUGAAGUGACAGACCUCCGUACACUUCUCUGCCAGGCAGAUCGUCGCUGGAAGGAUAUGAAUGUUUUGGGGCAAGUUGUGAACAUCAUUCGCGAGUCAGCCACAUCCCGAGCGCAGAGCCAGGGCCGCGUUUUGACAUCUCAUAUAACAAUACCUGCAUCAUACAGUUCAGGAAUUACAUUGGUUAUCAGCAGAGAAUCUCCUUUCUAUGAAGAACUGAAAAAUUCACCUUCCUCACACUUUUAUGCUUGAUGUCUCCUCCCAGGUGAAGUGUACAGGUUAUACAUUUAAAUUGUGGAACAUGUGUAAAACAAAUUAUUUUCAGAGUACAACUUCCUUUUUUAUUUAGUGCUAGAUAUAAUGUAAAAAGGCAUUGAACAUGCUUUAUAUUCUAUGUUAUAUGAUUUUUUAAAGUUUUGUUUUGUGGCAAAUUUUGAUAUUGUAUGAAGAUGUGAAAAUGUAUUUGGAGGUGGCACAUAAAGCUCAUCUUGCUGAAACCCAAGCCUAUCAACCUGUAGGCAACUGUACCAGUUUUCUGUUUUGUUCACUUUCUCAGCAAUUUGCAGUUGAGUCUAGUCUUAUUGUUUUGGGAAUAGUUUAAUUAUCACAUAUGUAAAUUUUUCUUUUGGUUUUCCUUAUGACAAAUACAGAGCAUUCCUAAUUAUCCUUUUUGACUCAGAAUGCUGGUUAACAUGAAAUACCCAACACUGUUCAUAAAAUAGCUGUUUAUUUUCUUGUAAUUACUUGCUGUACUGUCAAGGAAAUGUGUUUUAUGUGAGGGCAAACUAGCUUGUUGUAAAUCAUCUUCCUCUUUGCAUUAAAGUGUCUUACGUUCCUUUUUUUCCCCCGCCAAGGUUUGCAUAGUUGUGAUUCAUGAUGUUAAUGUGACAACCAGUGAUAUUUAUUCUUUUAUUCUCUCAUAUAAUACAGUAAACAUUUGGAAUUGGCCUUUUGAUUCCAAAGCUUACCCCUACCCAAUAUAAUUUUUCUGCUAAACAUGCUCUCCAGCCUUCUUUAAUUUGGGUGGGAAAUAGGUUACCUGUAAUUAUGUGGCUGAUUGCUGCGACAAAGGCAUAAAUAUGGGGUAAUUUGUAGCUUUUAAAAUCUAUUGCUUGUAACAUAAAAUAAUAACUUAUUUUUGUUCUUUUUGUGUGGAAACUUAUCAAAGAAGGUGAAGGGUCAAAUCCAACUUCGUCUUGCAUGUUUCACAUCAGAAAAUGGUUUCUCUCCUUCAGCCUCUAUUAAUGUCUUUUGCUAAAAGACAUACAGCCCUUUGUUGAAUCAUUUUCAUUUGGAGUUAUAAAUGAUGUCAGAAGAUGACAGUCUUCCUCUCUUUCCUCAAUUCCUUUUCAUAACAUUCCCCACAAGCUGAGUGAUGAGAUUACUCUUAUAAGAAGAAGAGCUCUCCUGUCUUCGUCCUAUCUUAUGAGUAAAGGAUAUAGCUGUCCACAACUACAACUUCCAUAAAUUAUAGGAACAUUUUUUCCACCAUUUGUAGUACCUGCAUGUAAACACAUAACACCCACAGUUCUACCGAGUCUUCCAGUUUCCUUGAUCUGUGACAGGAGAAACUAAAUGCAGCAUCCAAUAUAUUGGGGAAAUUGGGUAGCCAAUAUUUGGUACAAUGGUGAAAUAACUGCACCUUCAAAUUCAGAGCCAUGUUCAUUAUUACACAAAAGAAUGACAAUUUUUUCUAGUAAACAUCUUCCUGUGAGUGAAUAUUUUGUUGAUGGCAUCAUCUUCAAUAUUUUUUCCACUGGGCACGUACAGGUCGCACUGUUUUGCUACUAAUUUUCUCAUUGUAUGAAAACUAGAAAUUUUCGAGCUCUGUUGUUUGAAUGCUUUGAGAAAGCUUGAAUCUUUGUUGCCUGACAAGAUCAGGAAUUUCAUUAUGGCAUAAUAAACCUUUCAGUUACAUGCACUGUUGUCACUUUCUUCUCCAUCGCUCACUGCAGACGGGGGGGGGGGG